ACCUUCUCCCAAAGGAGCAUCAGGCCCCCCAGUUUCCCUCUAACCCGCCUCCUUCUCCGCACAACAAUGGAUGACACUUUAAACGCGGCUUUCGCCAACGACACCCCCGACUACACCAACUUCACCGACGAGUGGUCAGCGGACGGGAGGGAAACCGUCCACUUCAUCAUCCGCUGCGUGAUCCCGUCUGUCUACAUACUCAUCAUCACAGUGGGCUUGCUGGGCAACAUCACCCUCGUGAAGAUCUUCAUCACCACCAGCGCCAUGCGCAGCGUGCCCAACAUCUUCAUCUCCAGCCUAGCCGUCGGAGACCUCCUGCUCCUGGUCACUUGCGUGCCGGUGGACGCGUUCAGGUAUUUCUUUGAGGAGUGGAUAUUUGGCACCGUCGCCUGCAAACUGAUCCCGGUCAUCCAGCUCACGUCAGUCGGGGUCUCCGUCUUCACCCUCACGGCUCUGAGCGCCGACAGGCACAAGGCCAUCGUGAACCCCAUGGACAUCCAGACCUCCAGUGCGGUAUUCUGGACCUGCCUGAAGGCCAUCUCCAUCUGGGUAGUAUCGGUGCUGCUGGCGGUGCCCGAAGCCAUCUUCUCCCAGGUGGUCCACAUGUCCGACCGGAAUGUCACCUUCACAGCCUGCGUGCCCUACCCGCUCUCCAACGAGAUGCAUCCCAAGAUCCACUCUGUCAUGAUCUUCCUGGUCUAUUUCCUCAUCCCCUUGGGCAUCAUCUCCGUCUAUUACUACCACAUCGCCAGAACGCUAAUCAAAAGUGCUCACGACAUGCCCGGUGAGGCCAGCGAGCACUCCAAACGCCAGAUGGAGACGAGAAAGAGGCUGGCGAAGAUCGUGCUGGUGUUCGUUGGCCUGUUCGCGCUGUGCUGGUUCCCCAACCAUGUGCUGUACAUGUACCGCUCUUUCAACUACCGGCAGAUCGACUCCUCACUGUUGCACCUCAUCAUCACGCUGUUGGCACGGGUUCUCAGCUUCUCCAGCUCCUGUGUCAACCCCUUCGCCCUCUACCUGCUGAGCGAGAGCUUCCGCCGACACUUCAACAGCCAGCUGACCUGCCAGAGGCGCCAGUACCAGCAACGCAGCUCCAGCUAUCUCCAGAGCACCUCGGCCAUCCGCAUGACCUCCAUCAAGAAGAGCAACCCCACCUUGGCCAACGGACAAGGCCACAAACCUGGAGUUUACAUCUAGCUCUGGGUUUGAAGAUAAAGCUGGGGAGCUGGUAAAUCGGAUAUCAUUUUGGCCUGCAUUGAUGUGGAAACUGAUAUCUCUCAGAUGACUAAAUGUCCAUGCCUAUUUACCACCUCUACCAGCUUUAAAAGCAACUGAUUUGCCAAAAAUCUAAUUUGUAUAUUUUUACCUUUACCCUGAAUUUACCAAUCAGCCAGGAUAUGUUUGAUAUCCAAUGUUUGCUUAUUUAGCUUUGCAGUGGAGCUACAUGGCUAAUGAAGCUGGGUCAUUCUACAGAAACGUCCAUUCAUGUGUUCCUAGCAUUUACAGAUAAAUUACACGUC